AUGAGCCGCAAGGUUCUCCUUGUCGCCGUCCUCUUGGUGGGCGUAGCCUCUCGGUGCUCAGGCAGCAGGGGCCUGCAGGGAGAUCACGUUGCUGAACAGAAGUACGGUGGCGGUGGGUACGGAGGAGGUGGCAGCGGCGGCGGGUACGGCGUUGGAGGUGGUGGUGGUGGGUAUGGCGGCGGCGGCGACGGCGGCGGUGGGUACGGAGGAGGAGGCGGCGGUGGCGGCUACACGCCCGGCUAUUCUGGCACCGGGACCUGCGACUACUGGAAGAGCCACCCGGACGCGAUCAUCUCGUGCAUCGGGUCGCUGGGCAGCAUCCUCGGCUCCCUCGGCGACGUGUGCACCGCCUUCUUCGGGAGCAAGCUGCAGACGCUGCAGGACGCGUUGUGCAACACCCGCACCGACUGCUACGGCGACCUCCUCCGCGAGGGCGCCGCCGCCUACCUCAACUCCGUCGCCGCCAAGAAGAAGUACGCCUACAGCACGCAGCAGGUCAAGGACUGCAUCGCCGUCGCGCUCACGUCCGAGGCCGCCGCCGUCGCGCAGGCCGCCAUGUUCAAGAAGGCCAACUACGCCUGCCACUACUAG